UUCAGAUCUUGCGGAUCCACACUUUCACAAGCCAGGGUCUAUCGACGUGCUCUUAGGUGCAGUUGUAUAUGCACAUAUUAUUCUCAACGGAGUAAUAAAACACAACGAGUCUCUGGUCGCUUUGAACUCACGAUUGGGCUGGCUGGUAAGCGGUGACGUUGCUGCGUCUGGCCAUCAGUCACACAACGUAGUUGUGAUGCACACACAAGUCGAAGUGGAUCAGUUGCUGCGUCAGUUUUGGGAGAUUGAUGAAUAUGCACCAAACGUGAAGCCUCUGUCACAACCUGAGAUACAGUGCGAAGAGCAUUUUAAGAAAACUCACACUCGAAACACUGACGGUCGAUACGAGGUUCGACUCCCCUUCAAGGACGAAGACGCUCCAAACUUGGGUAAUUCCAAGCCACUUGCACUGAAGCGCUUACAUCAGAUGGAAAACAAGUUUAAGCGCAGACCCGAGUUCCACGAAGAAUACAGCAAGUUCAUGAGACAAUAUGAGUCACUCGGUCACAUGGAGGUCGUUCCUGAAGCAGAGAAGAACAAGAGAGCUUAUUACUUACCACAUUGCGCUGUUAUACGAGACUCGAGUCUCACUACGAAGCUGCGUGUAGUUUUCGACGGAAGUGCUAAACCUGUCGAUGGAAACUCACUUAACGACGAGCUUCUCAUCGGCCCACCACUGCAACAAGACAUCCGUGAUUUAGUUACUCGGUGGAGACAACACAAGUACUGUUUAGUAGCUGAUAUACAACAAAUGUACCGACAGAUACUUAUAUCCAAGCAAGACACCGAUUACCAGAGAAUCUUGUGGCGCGAGUCAUCAGAAGAGCCGAUUCGAGAAUAUCGGUUACUUACCGUCACAUAUGGCAGUUCAUGUGCUCCAUAUCUUGCCAUAAGAACUCUCCAUCAACUUGCAGAGGAUGAACGUGAAGAGUUUCCAGAAGCUGAACUUCUAAAAACCGAUCUUUAUAUGGACGACUUGAUGACGGGUUCAGCUACAGAAGAAGACACUCAACGGCUUCAAAGUCGUUUAACUGAACUAAGUAUUUAA